GCUCGGCGGGCGCCAGCGCCGGGCCAGGGGGGGGCCGGGCCUCCCGCCUCCCGGCCGGGACGGCCCGGCGGGGAGCGCCCAUGCCGGACGGCGGCGCGCGGUGAGGCGGGGGCGCAGCCGGCACCAUGUCCAUGCUGCCCACCUUCGGCUUCACGCAGGAGCAAGUGGCCUGCGUGUGCGAGGUGCUGCAGCAGGGCGGCAACAUCGAGCGGCUGGGUCGUUUCCUGUGGUCGCUGCCCGCCUGCGAGCACCUCCACAAGAAUGAAAGCGUCCUCAAGGCCAAAGCGGUGGUGGCUUUCCACCGCGGCAACUUUCGCGAGCUCUACAAGAUCCUGGAGAGCCACCAGUUCUCGCCGCACAACCACGCCAAGCUGCAGCAGCUGUGGCUCAAGGCGCACUACAUCGAGGCGGAGAAGCUGCGCGGCCGGCCGCUGGGUGCCGUGGGCAAGUACCGCGUGCGCCGCAAGUUCCCGCUGCCCCGCUCCAUCUGGGACGGCGAGGAGACCAGCUACUGCUUCAAGGAGAAGAGCCGCAGCGUGCUGCGCGAGUGGUACGCGCACAACCCCUACCCAUCGCCCCGUGAGAAGCGCGAGCUGGCCGAGGCCACCGGCCUCACCACCACGCAAGUCAGCAACUGGUUCAAGAACCGGCGGCAGCGCGACCGGGCGGCCGAGGCCAAGGAAAGGUACGAGGAGAACAGCGAGAACUCCAACUCCAACAGCCACAACCCGCUGGCCGCGUCCCUGAACGGCAGCGGUAAGUCGGUGCUGGGCAGCUCCGAGGACGAGAAGACGCCGUCGGGGACGCCAGACCACUCGGCGUCCAGCCCCGCGCUGCUGCUCAGCCCGCCGCCGCCGCCUGGGCUGCCGCCGCUGCACAGCCUGGGCCACCCCCCGGGGCCCAGCGCCGUGCCCGUGCCGAUGCCCGCGGGCGCGGGCGGCGCCGACCCGCUGCAGCACCAUCAUCGCCUGCAGGACUCCAUCCUCAACCCCAUGUCGGCCAACCUCGUGGACCUGGGCUCCUAGAGCCUCGCGGGCUUAGCGUUGGGGACCCGAGAGACGCGGGCAGGGAGGCGGCCCCACUUCCCGGACCCGCCAGGUACUGGCAGACGCGCUGGCCCCCAGCCGGGCGCGGGAGGGGGCGCUCUGGUUGGGCCCCGGGGGCGGGAUUCAUCUUCAGCAAGUUGUUUUCUGAGAACCUUUGAGACUUGGACCGGUCUCGAACCAGGGAUUAGAAUAAAUUAUGCACCAUCCUCAUUCUCCUCUCCCUACUCUCCUUUCUUCCCUCACCUUCCCGCGCUCUCUUCCUGUCCUAUCCUGUCCUCUUUCUCCUCUGGCGCUCUCCUUCCAAGGUGCUCCCUUUCUUCCCUGCCCCGCUCCAUUCGCCAGGUUUCUAUUUCUCUGUUACCGACAUCCACUUGCACUCUGGUCUCCCUACACCCCCAUCCCCGCCUUUCUGUCCUUCACCCUUUACCACCCCCCAGACGUUCUCUUCUUUCUCCCAGUAAUUCUUUCAGACUUUCUCCGGAGGUCCUCCCCCUUGGGGCGGUCAGCAAGUGGAAACUGCGGUAACCCAAGCACAAGAAGGGGCUGCAGCGUGGAAGCUAGAUGCUCCCCUACCACUCAUUCCUCACCACCCCCCUCCAUGAGGUGUUGCCAUUCCCUCUCCUAGUCCUGAAGGAUUGGGGCUCCCCCUGCUCCCGCCAGAGCGCCCCUCCUGAGCCUCAAACUUGCCGCUUCCCCCUUAAGCCCUCAUGUGAAUGUUCUCGAAAAAUA